GCGCUCAAUCUGGCAGUUUGGCAAUGCUCACUGCUCUGUACAGUCUACGCAGCGCUUAGCUACGCUCCGCUCGGCGCCUCGACAGUUUCAGUUCCGUCGCGAACCACGCGAGCCGCCACAGUGAAGUGAUAUCAUCCACAUACUAACACUAUAUCAUACGACAAUGUCGGAGGAGCAAGCGCAGGCUGUAGAGGAGUUGAGUCAGGAAGUGAAGGACGUCAAGCUAGAAAACGGGUCGGCAGCCGCAGCCAAUGGAACGCCGAGCAAGAAUGAAGACAACGCUAUACCGUUUAAGGACGCUUUCAAAAUGUUCUCAAAAUUCGGUGAUCCGAAAUCGGACGGCAAACAAAUCACACUAUCCCAGAGCGACAAGUGGAUGAAACAGGCGAAAGUGAUCGACGGAAAGAAAAUCACAACCACAGAUACCGCUAUCCACUUCAAAAAGUUAAAAUUGGUCAAACUCGGUAUUGACGAUUAUCAGAAGUUCUUAGAAGAGCUGGCAAAGAGCAAGAAAGUGGAACUAGAAGAUAUUAAGAAGAAGCUAACAACUUGCGGGCAGCCCGGCGUAUCGACACAUCUGCCAAAAUCCACAGCGGCCGCAGCAACCGUGGGCAGACUGACAGACACCAGCAAGUACACCGGCUCGCACAAACAACGGUUCGACGAGAGCGGCAAAGGCAAAGGAAUUGCCGGCAGGAAGGACCUCGUCGACGGCUCUGGCUACGUCUCAGGCUACCAACACAAAAACUCUUACGACAAGUCUCAUUAGCUGUAGAUUCCUUGGUGUUUACAUGUAUUAUCGUCAACCUGUUGUUAUGUAUUGUCGCAGCCGCACUCUACUCGCGCUGCCGUGACGUUUUUCUGUCUAUACACUGCUAGAGUGCGUGCAAGAUAAGUGGCGCAAUAGUGUAAUUGACUCAUAUCAAAAGAGAUGGUCCAUUUCAAGUUCACUCUUGUACCCCGUAUCAUUAAAAUUUAUAUAAAUAAAUUAAUAAAAUUUAUUAAAGUGAAUAAAUCUAACUAAAUAAAAAGAAAUAAAUAAAAAAACCCAAGUUUUUGAGUUAUAUCAAGAUGGCGCCCCUAUAGCAAUUAUGACAUGACAGUUGACAGCAAACGUCAAAUCGAUUACUGCAUUGAAAACGUCAUCUAUCCGCCUUUAGUUCCGAUGUUGGCCACGCGAAAACUUAUCGUGCGCGCACUUUUUAAGCUAGCCACUCACCUUUCAAUAAGCAUGACGUCAAGCAGAUCGCGACCACACACGAUCAGUUUUAUUAGAUGUCCAGCCGUUGGUGCUGCAGGCACAUGGACUUAUUGGAUGGUGAGUGGGACUUGGGAGCGGUAGACAGGACGAGCGGCAUGAUAUGCGGCAGGACGAGUAACGUGUCGGAUCCGUAUACGUAUACCUAUGUUUGAAUAUCAUGAAUGUAAAUCACUCCAAAAAUAGAGAUGGUAUGCCGCCCCAUAUACAUCGGUACCUACUUUUAGCAAGAUAUUGGAUAACCAAGUUAUCUACAAUGAGUAAAGAUUUUUUGAUUACUUUGUUAUAUGCUAGAGCCGAUAUAAUUAAGGGUAAAGUAUGCGCCACACUUCGAGUCCGUCUGAUCAGCAGACGUAUGGUUGCGCAGUAAACGAAAGCAUAUCUCAUAUCAGCCGGGUUAAUAAUAGCGGGGCAGUUACGCGUCUUGCAAUAUCAAAGUAUGUAUACUGUGGUCAAAGCGUAGGUACUUGAAAUUUGGGGCACACUAACAAAUCCAAUGAUAGAUUUUGUAUCUAUAUAGUUGCCUUAUUCUUCAAUCAACGGUGGAACUAGACCUUGCAAUCAUCCUUAAGUAGAAACCAUUGCUAAAAUAGACUGUUCUUAUUAUUAUAAUCUGUAAUAAACGUUCCUCCCUUCACUAUGCACAGUUUUGAAUGAAUGGAAUAAUGUAGUACCUACAUAACUAAGUCUUGUUUUAUUUUUAUUAAGGUGUUGGUUAUUAAGGCGCUCUAUACUAUAUACAAUACAUCCAAGGCUUGAUUUAAAAGUUAAAACUCAUUAUUACGAGUCUGACACGUAACGGAAACGCCUCGCCUCCAGACAAGCUUACCGGCUACCGCGCGCCGUCACUUCACUGACUAUUCGCUGACAACGCGCUUAGUUCACUUAUCGGAUGUCUGAUAGCUAGUAGAAAUUGUAAAAACAUAAAAUUCUUACUACCCCCCAGUCAAGUUUCCAUUUCUGUGUUAUGGUAGUAUAGGAGAGGUACAGGAUAUGUUUUUAACUUGACCCAAAUACCUAUUCAAACCCAACCAGCAACUCUCGGAUCAUACGAAAUGACGUAAACGGCCGGCAAGCCGUAAGGUAGACGACGAGGCGAAACGUAUUCGGUGCGUGCCCGCGGCGAAAGAUGAGUUUUGAGUUUUAUCGUUUUUCGUUUUACUAUAACGCUUCUGUUGCUAUCUAUGGUCUGAUUUUCUUAGUUGUUAUGUUCUUCUUUCAACUUGUAGAACUCUAUUAUGUUAGACGUUAUAGUCUGGCAAUUUCGAUGAUGACACUCCCAUGAUAUGCGGGCGACGGAGGGAAGACUGUGUGUGAAAUCGUGCAUGCGGCAAAGUGAGGUGCAUCAGUCGUGGGAUUUUCAUUCAUCGCUACACGUCCCCUGGCCCGCGCGGAUCAUAGGGAGUGUUACGAAUGAAGUUGCCAAGCGAUAGACUUGAACUUGUGUAGUCUUUAUGUUUUUAUUUAUAUGUACCUACUUACAGAUUUUUGUAUGAAUUUCUGACAUUAACAUUCCGUUUAACGUAUGUAUGUAAUUUUGUAUCUAUUAUUUAGAUCUUAAGACAUUAGUGUCUGAAUGUUUUAUAUAAUUCGUCUUUUAAUAUCUAGUCGUGAAUAGCUUAUAUUAGAUUCAUUUUAAAAAUUAAGUCUCAAACUAUAUUUUCACAAUUUUCUAUUUGAAAACCUUAUAGGUACAAAAUGAUACCUAGAUUGUACCGAUCUACUAAUUGUGUGUGUUUGUUAAGUCCUAACCGCGACUGUUCACAUCAACUCAUCAAUGGCUAAGCACGACUCUACUCUCAGAAUAAGAUUAUAUAGGCCAUAAAGGUCAUAGCCCAUUAGAACUACCCAAAGUCCGAGUAUUAUGGGUAUACGCUCACUAUAUCAACUACGUAGCAACUCGCUCUCAAGCUGACGCGCGAAUGGCAAGAGGUCCGCUCAGAAAUCCUGUUGCUCGCACGCAUAGUUUGCAUUGCCCAAGCGUUGGUCGCGAAUGGAUCGAGUACUGUCCGUGAAUGAAGCAAGGGCGAACUCAACCUAUCCUAUCGUGCGCAUUGUACUCGAUAAUUUCUGGUUAGCACCGUGAUCUGUUGACGACGAUAGUAAACUCGUCACAGAGCGACAGAGUUGUGCUAGGUGGGUCUAAUGAGCUGUGAACAUAAUCCACCACGCUAUAAAUUGAUGAGCCUCACACUUGCUUGUAGAGUCUGCGCCACGAAACAAGUCCCGUAUUCCGUAAUGUCUUAAUGGCGUUCAAUGUCAUUUGGUAGCGGUCUUACUGUAAUUUGUGUAAGGCGCUGUCAAUUUAAGUUCAGGUUUUAGCAGCGGACUUCUUUCGUGGGGCGGAGUCUAACAUUAAAUUUCGCAAAAGUAUGAGUGAUUAAAUGGCAAAUUGGCAAAACACAAAUGCAGGUACCUAUGUAGAAUUUAAAUUUUUUGACAGCCUCCUUUUUCUCAUGAUAAUAGGGUGGCAAUAUUGAAAAACAUUGACGUACAAAAUAUAGACCUAUUAACGCGUUUUAACUGAACUGAAUACGUACGACUUUUAAAGAUUUGAUCUUUAAAAUGUUGGCAAAGGUAUCAAAUCAAAGUACAAGAGAAUGCAAGCCUAACAAUGUUCAAAUUUUAUAUACGAGUAAGUUAGUAGCGCACACUGAAAGUUUUGCGUUAAGUAGGUUUUACCUCAUUAUCCUAACGAAUUAGGUAAGAUUCUGUACUUAUUGUAAUUUUGUUUUAAACUUUAAAGAACGAACGAAAGGAACUGAUAGUCAUUUUGGGCAUUUUAAAAUAACAAUCUGGGGAAAAAUUCCUAGUGAGCUGAAUUUUUGUAUACACCUUUAUUACGGUGUUACCUAUUAUAAAGAUGUGAAAAAUCGACAUCGAUAUCAUGACGGCUAAAAAAGUUACAAAGGUCAAAAGCUCACGAAAAUCAGUUUUUCGCAAAUAUUUCGCGACCUAUUUGCUCGCACGUAAAACCUAAAAUGACUGGACUAUGAAUGAAGUAUCUUUCAAAUACCACACGUUUAUAUAUCACAUACCACAACCAUACAAGUACCUAUCUUUCCUACUUUUGAUGUGUGUUGUUUAUGUACUGAAAAAAUAUCCGUAAAAAGGGUUGGCAAAAUUUCGCAUUGCAUAACACUUAAGCUAUAAUUAAACAUAUCAAUCAAACGACACAAUCUAUAACAUCUGUAAUCCUUAAAUAUUUUAGGUGGUUAUUUUUGCAAAAACAGUUGAUUGUCAAAUAGAAAAUAUUGGUUUAAUAAAGUAUCCAAUACAGAUCUGCAGGGUUAUUAUGUAACUUGGUGUACCAUUCGAAUAAUAAGUCACUACGUCGUUUUUCAUUGUAUUUUCGGAAUUGUGAUCAUCUAACAUAGUUAUUUCAACGAAAUGACCUUGAUUUUGCAUCAAAUAGUAAUGAUGUUUUGGUUUUUCGAUCAUCUAACAUGUUUAUUUUAACGAAAUUAAGCAAAUAAGGGUUUUUUGUUGAAAUAAUCUUACUACUUCCUACUAGCACUUCUAUAUUACUUUACAUAAAAUGAAGAUACUUAUGUCAUUUCAUUUAAAAAUACGCUUUUAGGUGAUUGCAUAAAAGAAAAUAUGUUGAAAAACCUUGUAGUGACUCAUUCUUUGAAUGGUAUACCGAAAUACAUAAUAUCCCUGCUGUUCAUGUUAUAUCUGGUGUAACUAGUCCGAGGUCCUGGAAUUAAAAAGUUUUUAUUCUUCCUAGAAAUUUUCAGUAUAAAAAUUCCUGGAGUUUAAACGUUGGUGGUGCUACAGCCCCUAGCCUCGGAGAUCACGUUAAGCCGACGUUAACAUCUGUUAGAUGUAUAGAGUUAAACUUCGCUCAGCCCGGCAACCAGCAUUGGUGCAGCGUAGUGGGUCGAAACUCCAAAUCCCGUCUCAUACAAGGAGCGAGGCAUGAUGAUUUUAAUAUACCAGGAAUAUGUGUACCUACUACAAAAUAAUAUUUUAUUUCUGCAAAGCUUUCAGUGUGCUAAUUCAAGAUACAAUGUUUUUAUGUGAUAAGCAUUAAACAAAACACAAAAUUCAGUAAUAUGUAGUGCAUAUUUGUAUCUAAUAUUAAUAAGUUUGUCAAACAGAUCAGACAUAAUAUGAAUCGAUAAAUAAGUACGAUAUAUACCUAUCUACUUUAAAAAUAUUUAAUUUUAUAAGAAAUAAUGUAACUUUUAAAUUAUUUGAUUAAUAAAUAUCUUUGAAAAAUAAAAA